CUUUUGUUUCGAUUUUGUUUUUCUUUUUUUUUUCUUUAAUGGGGCAUUUGGUUGCAGUAGUAAAUCUCUAAUGUAAUAAAAAGCGCUGUGUACCUGAGUGCACAUGAGACAGCUGUGCUGAAAGGGGGGCUGAGCACAAAGUGUGCUGCGUGUAGCCGGGGUAACUGGAUGUGAAAUAUAACUGGAUUAGAUCUUCAAAAGUUAUCAUUUUAAUAAAUUAAGGGGUCUUAGAAAAAGAAGCAAGGAUAUUCAUUAGCAAAGCUGUUUAAGAACAAGGCAAUCUAACCCUUCCUGCAAUCCAUAAUUCAAUUGCUGGUAGAGAGGCAAUUGAUUAUUGAACUGACUCGACCAUAGCUUCAUUACUGCAUGGAAAGAAACAACUUCGACUUUUUUUUUCAAGGAGAAUUUUAGUAGUGCAUUAUUCUUUUGGGAUGCUUGAAUACUUGGUGAGUUAUGUUGGGAUGUUUCCUCUUUAUGCGCUCUCUAGCUAUGACAGCAUACAAGGGAUUUCAGUUUUACAAAUUCAUAGAUUGAAUGUGGAGAUCUUGGCUCCGAGAUUGCUCUUUGGAGUCAGUGGCUGUACGUGACAUGUCAGAUAGGGCUCAGGAGAUCCCCGGAGGUCAGUGCUGUUAAAUCCCAAGCAGAGCUCGUCUGUGACAUCGUCACCUGGGAACGUGAGCUCACGGAAUUGCUUUGCCGAGCCCUGUGUAGAGAUGAAGGGCAUGGUUGAUACAGCCCUGGUCACCUGGCCUUUGAUCCCUGGGUGAUGGCAGUGAAGUCAAAAUCUUGUUUUCGUGGUCUUGGUGGCUUGGGCAUUGCCUUGGAUUUUUGGGAUAUGCAGAUGUGAUAAAACCACAGGUGCUACCUAAGUCAUGAUUUCCUCACACUAAAUAGUGCUCUUUUAAAAGUUCCAGUAAUGAGUACUUCUGUUGUUUUAUAGCUUUAUAAGAAAAUUAAACUGGAACAAUAGAGUGGCAAUUCAUUAAAAUAGCACGUAAAAUCUUAAGGAGAAGGAGGGAGGACUUCAUCUUUUUUAAAUUGUCAAAUAGAUCCCAGUUGCCGGGUAAGGUGAAUUUAAACAUUCUGCUGCUCUGUUACGAGAACCAGAACUCAGAUUCAUUCUGACCAACACAGCGAUGUGCUGCACCUUCAGAAGUGUUACACUUCAGGCUUGUCUCGUUAGAGGAUUUCUCCUAAUGGAAGGAUUAGGUCUUAAAGGUGAUGCUGGUGGCACUUCAGAAAUACUGAGUACAGAGGCUUACAGAGAGUGACUUAUUUUAUUAUUUAUUUUAUUAUCAUUAUUUUUUUUACUGCUGAAUUUGUGCGGCUUUAGAGUAGCCCAUCUGACUGAUGACUGCCAUGAAGACCCUGGGGAGCAGGUGCACCCUUGGGGUGUUAUCUUGUGCUUUCUACCUUCCACUGGUGGUCUCCUUUCGAAGAGUCACCAUCCCGGCAGAGCUGAAGUCGGUGGUUGCUAAAGUCGCCGUGAACGCCACGUCCUGCAGCGUCACCUGCGGGCUGGGCUUCAAGCUGGAGGAGAUGUGCGAGAUCACCCCGGCCGGGGAGAGGAGGAACUGCACCAUGCGCAGGUCCCCCUGCCUCACCACCUGGGGCUGUGGUUUGCUCCAUUUCACCGUCCCGGUGGGCAAACCGUUCAACUUCAGCUGCCUGAGCUCGGACACGGUCGAGUUCGUGAGCCGAGCCUAUACCUACACGUGGAGGCUCGCCCCAGGGCUCAUCACCAUGAACGACGUCCUCUUUGUACCUUUCAGAAACCCUGGUUUUGUCGUGCAGUUUUCCCCCACCAGGGAGUCGGACGCGGGGACGUACCGCUGCGAUGUGCGGAUGCUGAAGACGUUCAGGGUCAUCAAGAGAGUCUACUUCGGGGUGAGAGUGAUCCGAAAGGACUUUGUGGAUCUGAACUUCCAGAAGUCCUUGACUCACGAGCAGCAGCUAGCAGCGAAUGAGGUGGAAGGAAUCAAAGGAAACAACACCAACGUAGAAGUGCAGCAGCACUUCUGGCAAAGAAAAUCAUUUUAUAAAUCCCUGGUAGGAAUUGGAAGCGGAGUGAUAGGAGUUGUCUUGCUGAGAGUGGCUCUCCGCUCCUUGCAGAAGACUUUGAGGAGAAGUGAUGCAGAGACACAACCUGAGUUUUAAGGCAAUCGCUGUUCUCUGUCUUGUUUAUUAUAAUAAAUCUAGCAAUAUUAGUAUUGACGCAGCAUUUAAUGGUGAGGUUUGUUAAUUUGGCAGUUUGUCUGUUACCAGAUUGCGAAGCUUAAUGAAAGGAUUGGUAAGUUAGCACCGGAGCGUGGGUCUUAGUGGUGGAGUGCAGGCAGUGUCUCCAGGUGGGGCAAGGCUCUUGUUCCCUGCAUGGUGUGAAAGGGUGGCUGAUGUUCUUCACCCCUGCAAUGAUCCAGACAGAAGUUCAGAGGGCACUGAGCCACAGAAAACUGCCCGACACUCCUCUAACCAGCCUUCAUUUUACCUCUAGUUGCUUUCUUUGUUUAUUUUGUAGCUGAUAACUUGGAACCCUGCUUCUGCCUUAUUGAUUCUUCUGCCUUGCCCAGAGCUGUGGCGGUGCGGGCUGACCCAGAUGGCUGCUUUUGGUAGGUGGUGUUCUCCAGGAAGAGGCACAAAGAAGCGAGGGUGCAGCAGCUGGGCUCAGAAACGUGGUUUCCAGGCUGCCUGCUGUCCCCAUCAAACCCAAGCACUCCACCCUAAGGAGCUGGGUGUGCAGGGACGAGGUGAGCCACCGCUGCCUGCUGCCUCUACAGAUGUUUGUCUCCCGCCGCUGGAGCUCAGGAAGCAAGUAUCAAGUGAGAGCUGGGAGCUUCCACUCUCCUUUGUAGUUCAGAACAGCGAGGCAGGG